AUUUCAUAAGAUUUUGAAUUACACUGUGAUAUAGUCAGAUUAAGGAAAUCUUAGAUUCUGCACCAAACCACUUUGACCUAUUGUAGAAAAUCCGAUUCGUCGUCACAGUGACGUCACAUUCGUACACGUUUGUAGCAAGAUGGCGUCGAAGGUGCAUGUCUUGUUGGGCAUAUGGAUGUGUCUCUGUGACACAGUCCAUUCUUUUUAUGUGCCUGGUGUUGCACCCGUUGAAUUCAAGAUUGGUGAUAAUGUAGAUGUAAAGGCUGUCAAAUUAACCAGCACGAAAACACAGCUUCCUUAUGAGUACUAUUCUUUGCCAUUUUGUCACCCACCAAAUGGAAUUGUGUACAAGACAGAAAACCUUGGUGAGGUUCUACGAGGAGAUAGAAUAGUGAAUACACCCUAUAAGGUGAACAUGAAAGAGAAUAAAAAAUGCCAGCUGCUUUGUGUGUCGGGUGACAAAAAGUAUGAGCCACUGACACUGACAGCAGAGGAGGGGCGUAGCUUUGCUGAGAAAAUUCGUCAUGACUACUAUAUCCACCUCAUCAUGGACAACUUGCCAUGUGCCACAAGGUUUGAGAUGAUGGAAAGCAAAGAAGUUCAAUACGAACAUGGAUACAAGAUGGGCUUUGUAAAUGGCAAAGAAGUAUACCUAAAUAAUCACCUGAAGCUCCUCUUAAGCUACCACACAGAAAAUGGUGAAACCUUUCGUGUGGUUGGGUUUGAGGUUCAGCCAACAAGUAUUACAUAUGGAGAGCUUGAAGGAAAAGAAGAUGGUGUGUGUCAUUUAAAGGGGGAAAACAAACCAGCUCCACAGAAAAUUAAUGAAGAUGGUGAGACAAAACUGGUGUUUUCCUAUGAGGUGGAAUGGCAUGCAUCGGAGGUGCGAUGGGCUUCACGGUGGGAUAUCUACCUGGCCAUGCGUGAUGUUCAGAUCCACUGGUUCUCCAUUAUAAACUCUGUUGUGGUGGUGUUUUUUCUUUCAGGUAUUUUGACGAUGAUCAUGGUGCGCACUCUGCGACGAGACAUUGCACAAUAUAACAAAGAUGAUGAUUUGGAUGAGACAGUUGAGGAGACAGGAUGGAAGCUGGUUCAUGGAGAUGUGUUUCGCCCGCCUCGCUACACAAUUCUCCUUACAGCCCUAGUUGGUGCUGGCAUUCAGGUCUUCUUCAUGGCUUUUAUCACUAUCUUUUUUGCCAUGCUGGGUAUGCUGUCUCCAGCCUCUCGAGGAGCUCUAAUGACAGCUGGCAUUUUUCUCUACAUGUUCAUGGGCUUGUUUGCCGGUUACUAUGCUGCACGUCUGUACAAGACAAUGAAAGGAACACUUUGGCGCCAGGCUGCUUUCCAGACUGCAACAGUGUACCCUGGAAUUAUGUUUGGUGUGUGUUUCCUGCUCAACUUUUUCAUAUGGGGUAAACAUUCAUCCGGAGCUGUUCCAUUCACCACUAUGCUGGCCUUGCUGUGCAUGUGGUUUGGUAUCUCACUUCCUUUAGUCUUCCUUGGAUUCUACUUUGGUUUCAGGAAAACACCAUAUGAACAUCCAGUACGCACAAAUCAGAUUCCACGGCAGGUUCCAGAACAAACCUGGUACAUGAAUCCCUUCCUAGGAACUCUAAUGGCUGGUAUUCUUCCAUUUGGUGCCAUGUUUAUUGAACUUUUCUUCAUCUUCACGGCCAUCUGGGAGAACCAGUUCUACUAUCUUUUUGGAUUUCUGUUCCUUGUCUUCAUCAUUCUUAUAAUCUCCGUAUCCCAGAUUUCCGUAGUGAUGGUGUACUUUCAGCUGUGUGGUGAGGAUUACCACUGGUGGUGGCGUUCUUUCCUUUUGUCUGGGGGCUCAGCCUUCUAUGUCUUUGCAUACUCCAUUUUCUACUUUCACACAAAGUUGGAGAUUACGGAGUUCAUCCCAACAUUGCUGUACUUUGGCUACACUUUGCUUAUAGUCUUCACCUUCUGGGUUCUGACCGGCACCAUAGGCUUUUUCUCUGCCUACUGGUUUAUCCGAAAGAUCUAUGGAGCUAUCAAAAUUGACUGAGCAUCCAAGAACUCAUACUUUUUGACCAGCUUAAGAUAGACUUUGGGCUAGGUGAAUUGGGAUCUAGAGUGAAACUUGCAGAUGUUAUGAUUGUGAAAGAAGUAUUCUCAAGAGGAGACCAGCAAGCAGAUUUUUUUCUCACCUUUUUUUAACACUUUCUUUUUAAAACCCUUUACUGGGUAAUCAUUUGUGGUCAUGUGCUCUCUGUGCAAACAAGAAACAGUACAAUGGAUGCAUCGUCUAGCUGUGCAAGUUGGAUUUAGGAUUUUAAUAUCUGUAUUCAUGCUAAAAGUAUGAUGAGGGCUUGAGAAGUUUGCUAGUGGGUACCUGAGAUGCCAUAACCCUUGCUUUGUACUUGAUGAAAGUAACAAGAAUUGAGAAUGCAGUUGAGGUGGAUGUCCUUUGAAUUGUUUAUAAAUUGUGCACGUUUGUGGGGCAAUGUAGCACUUAGGAAAAACUGAAGGUGGAAAAGCUCAGGAUGAUAAAUGGUGGUGUUUAUUUUAGUGAGUUUUUGUGGAAGGAAUAGGGAGAAAAAUAUGUCAACAAAUACUUUUUGCUGAACUUCAUCUAUACGCUUCUAAGUAUUUUUAUCAUUUGACAAAUUUAGUUUACAGUAUGGCUUGAAGCACAUUUAUUAUUGUACUCCUGUCACUGCUUUCUUGUUUUGAAAAUAAACAGAACCAUUAAAAAAUGAACAUGUAGAAAAAGUCAUUGUGCUUUUAACUUUCUCUGUAUUUCAAGUUUUAAAGCUAUAAUGAGUUUUUUAUUUUUAAUGUCUUGAUUAAAUCUAUGUUUAUGCCGCAUUCAGAAAGUAUGACAAGAUAGCAUGUUUUUCUAGCACAAAGUUGUUCAGAUAUGUGGCAUUCAGAGUUUGCGUAUAAAAGUCUAGAAUAUUUUGCAAAUAGAACUUGCAAAACAGCUGUUCAUUUCUUUAAAGUAAAAGUGUUUGAGAGCUCAUUCUUGAGAGUUUGCAUGAAUGAUAACAAAACUUCAAAAAUGUUUCUGUGACAAAUUUAUAUUUUGUAUGUGUGACAAAUUUAUAUUUUGUAUGAUAAUAUGUUCUUUGAACCUCAUUGUAACAAGCGUGAACUGCAAUUUUUCCCAAGUUUCCAAGUCUUGAGAGCAGUCCCUUAGACAUUGUCUAAUAAGCAUUCAUCAUUGUGGUCUUCUUUCCUAGCUUACAUUGUUAGGGCCAAAAAUUCCUGAGUCAGUUGAAUGUAUUUGAAGGCUAAAGAAGCAAUUAUGAUUGCCAGUUAUUUGAAAACAUAGCCCCUUAAGAAAAAUAAUAUCUUCUAAUAUGCAUAUGAUCCUGGAAGGUUGAUCUGAGCUGAAGAUAAAUUUAGGUGAACACUAUAUAAAAAUCUCUUUAGUUGUUAAGUGAUGCAUAGUUUCUUUGAGCAAUAUACAAUACAUUCUCAGGGGCCUUUAAUUAAACAAUGGUUACAGUAGCUUAUGCAGAUUUAGCAUUAUUGUUAUCAAUUAAUUUAUGCAUGCUAACUCCCAGCAAAAUAUGUCAUGGCAUUUAACAUUUUAAUGUGCUUUGGUGUAUUCCUUUCUAUUAGCAGCAUUUGGAAGUGCUCUGGUGAAGCAUUUGGUGCUGCUGUUUGUAGUUUUUGUUUUGUUUUUUUUUUUUUUUUCGCAUGCCAGAAAUCAUGCCUGUUACACUUGAGUAUUUCUGUGAUCUUUUUGUGUUUGGGGCUGUUUAAUAGUUAGGUUUUAAAGUGACCCUUUACUUUUGCAAUGCUUGACAAUUUGUUGUUUGAUUUUCCUCAUUAACCCACCCACCUCAAACUCACUGUUGAAAUGUAUGAAAAAAGAGCACCCUCAGGGGGUCGACAAGGGUGUCAAAAAAGCCCAGAGUUACAGGAGGACAGUUAAAGAUAGUUUCUAGUUAAGUAGUUGAGGGACCAGAAGUGAUGAAUUCAAGGAGUCGGGGAAGUGGGAAUACUGUUGACAGCAGCAGUUGUAUGUGUGAAGACUGAAGAGUAUGUCAACUUAGGUACACACAUGGAAGUCUCCUAAUUUAAAUGUAUCAUCAGUUUGUGGCCAUAGCUUGUACGUACUUGCAUCAAAAUAUGUAAAUGAACUUUGUUAUAAAUUUUGAUGCUGAUUUACAUUUGAAGGAAUGCUGAGAAUUGCACAUGUGAGGAGAGAGAACGAGCAAGUGUUCCACAAAAGAAUGUUAAUGCUAUGAAUUUCAAGACAUGAGGUACUUCGCCAAAUUAUGUCGAAACGUUCAGCAAAUGUUUCCCAGCAGUUGUAUUAUCAUCAAGGCAAUCACUCUCAUUUGUACAGCCAUCUUUACUAUAAAAGAGUCAUGAACCAACUUAGAAAAAGAUAAUCAGACUUGUCAAGAGUAGCUCAGCCAUGUGAGCAGUACAUUUGGUCAUUGAGGAAAGAAGGGGUGGAAAUAAAGCCUUCAUCUUUAUCUGGGCUUAAAUGUAACAAAUUUGCUUGUAAAUUACCAUGCAUGGUAAAUCACAACAGGAAAUUUGUAUGUGAUAACUUACAGUAAAGAAUCAAGUGUGGGUCAUAUUUGUAUAUAUUUGCACUGGUGACUCAGCAUUUGAUCGUGUUAGACAACUGUGCAUUUUGUGUGUGUGUGAGAGAGAGAGAAAACCAUUUUGUAAACUGCUGGGUGAGAGGCAUAGUCUGCAAGUGGCUGAAUAGGGAUGGUUUAUUUGUGAGUAUGCAUGUGGUAGACACAGUAUAUGCAUAAUAUGCUAUAAAACCAUGUGAUUGUUGAAACAGGAAACUUAGAGUGAAGAUCAAAGACAGUUCUUGAUGGCCAUCUGCAAGGUUACUAAUUUUAAAACACCAUAUUAAUUUCAUUUUAUAGUUGAAAUUAUAUAAUUUGAAUUGUUUUUAGUUUUGAUUUGUUAACAGUAAAAGCUUUCCAUAUCUAUGUGUACAUUUGUCAGAUAUUGGCAUUUGCUCAGAGCUUUUGAACAGACGUAUUCCAUGAGGCAGACAACAUGUUUAAGCUAUUGUUUAGCAUGUUCUCACCAGGUUCAUGACUAAAAAGAUUUUUUUUUCAUCUUACCAAUACUUCAUCUACUAUUGGAACUAUAGUAAUUUCUCUUUAACCACAGUUAAACCCUUUAGGAGUUAGCAAGUGCAUAAUGAUGUGAUGCUUUAGGUCAUAUAGUGUGUUAAAGGCCAACUUGAGUUCACAACUUUUUUCAAAUGCCAGAAUUUCAUUUAUCCCUAGAUAUUUUAAUUCUUCAGAUCUGUGCAGAGAAGUCUUCUGUUCACAAAUAUUGUAAUGCUCAACUGCUUGAGGACGUAUUUCCCUAAUCAUGAAAGUAGGCUCACUGAUAAGGGAAUUAAUGUUUCAUUACCAUAUGCUGACAUUAUUUCACAUUGGUUGCAGCCUUCAAAAUAUUAUCAUUUAGAUAAAUGUUCCACCCCCUCCCACAAAAAUCAAACUAAUCUGUGUAGCAAGCUAAUGAGCUUGUAAUUUAGUAGCAGCUUUCAGCUUAAUUUUAUGUGUGACUCAGGUUAGUCUUUGAUGAAGGUGUGGGACAACUAUCAAUACUGUUAUGGCUAGAAUGGGUCAAGCCUGUGGUGUGUGAACCCUACCAGUUACGCCCUUUUAUUGAAACAUUGCAGAUCAAGAAAUUAGAGGUCUGCCAUUAAGACCAUCUAUUAUUAUUAACAGGGUGCUUGCAGCAAGGGCACAGAAACAGGGUGAGGAUAAUUUCAAACUCCACUUGCUUUUUUUGCACCAAUUCUGUCCAGUGAUUGCAGCAUAUGGACAAAUAUUCUGAGGUUUAGAUUUUGUUACCUUUAAUCCAACAGUUUGAAGUGAGAGUUCAAGUUUAUGACUCAGUCGAUAAGGAAGUGAAAAAAUUACUGAAUUCUCUGCCAUGACACUGAGAAUUGACAGCCUAGACCACAAGUUAGCUUUAAAAAAAUCUAAUUAAAAUUUGAGAUACGUAUCCCUAGAAAAGUCUUAGUAAGAAGCUGUGGAGACUGAUGUAAUUGUAUUUAAGAGUGGUGCAGUGCUAGAAAAUAAUCUUUAAAUAUUUUAAAUCUUGUCAUUUAACAGCAGUAUGAUAAUGCAGUUCAUUACCUACAUAGAUUUGAAAGUGUUGAACUGAUUUUUUUCACUUUUAGUAAGACACAUUGCUAUUAAAAUGAUAUAAUGGCUACACAAAGUGUAGGCUUUCUGCUGCUGGAUAAUGGAGUUUUGAUGCUGUAAUUGUGUGUAGCUUAUCCAUAUGCCUGGCCACGUUUGUAGUCAAGCCUCUUCUGUGUGACAAAGGCUACAAGCAUAGAUUUUAUUUUCUACAUUUUUUUAAAAGGUUAUCAAGUUCUGUUUUUGGAUUAUUUGGUGAUCAUUAUGAAUGGUAGCCUGUUUGGUUAUAUUCUUUGAGGCUUCUUGAUUGGAAGAUUAUUUCUGCUAUUUACGUUUGUGAAGAGUAAAUGAUACUAAGUUUUGUCAUCUUCCAGGUGUUUGGACUAUGGCUCAAAUCUCCCCCACACCCUCUUGAACCCAAUUGGAUUUUACUUCAUUGUUGGGUGCUUAAAAAUAAUCACAAUAGAUCACUUUUGUCCAGCAUCACAACCUAAGCAGACUCUGCACUGACCAACAAUAAUAAAUAAUCAUAAAAAUUCUCCCUUUAACAUCAGCAAAGAUAUUGUGUUGUGUGGCCUGGUCAAACAGCAAGUAAAUGGGUUUCAUACUGGAGUGUGUGUGUGUAAACCAUUGACACCAUUGCAUGUGCCAUUCUAACUAUUUACUUUGUUGUCUGUGUUAGAUUUUUUGUCUUUUUAAUAUUAGUAAUAUUUGUUGACAGCUAUGUAAAAAGCUUUGUUCUUACUUGAUCAUUACCUUCUGGGAAGUUCAUGUUGGUGUACUUAUAGAAAGGUUUGAUUCAAGUGUUUCUUUGGUGAUAUAAAUUGUACUGAGUUUAUUUUUCUCAUUUUAUCUUGAAGCAUUUACUGUCACUGUGAACACAUGAUGAAAACAAAUCUGUUUUCUUGUCAUCAGAGAGUGUUGCUGCUAUUAAGAUGGCCGAAUUUAUUGGUGAGCUGUGUAUUGUAACUAUGGUGAGUUCACAGAUUUUUUUUUUUUUUAAUUUUGAAAAGUAAUUUAUAUGUGCUGCCUUCCUCAAUCAUGGUGUACCUGACAGAAAGCAAGUACUUUGUCAUUUUGUUCACCUUAUUUCAUAUCAGCAUGGCAUUUCUUAUAUUUGAUAAUAGUCUGCACACUAUCAUUCCUCUGGUGAACUUUAAAAUCAGUGUAAUAUAACAAGCCUAAGAUGCAAGCUUGCUCCUGCUUAAGCAUUCAGGAUUUUGAUCUUGAGAGCUUGCAUUUAAGCAGAAUGCACUGUCAUCAUUACCUUAUAAUUCUAAAACUUUUUUUGGUUGUUGGAGAUGCUGGCCAAAACCUUUGCUCUCUCCCAGUGCAGAUGUUGUUGAGAAGGUUAACUUACAGGUGUGGAAAACAAAUACAUACCUUAAGUAGUUAGCUGUAUGCUGUUGGAUUCCCUACAGAUCUAGAGGGUAGUAACUGUCUUUUUGGGGGAUAUACAAAUAUGGUGAAGAUGGACAAACGAUCUUUGUAGUAGUUGUUGAGUGGGUUGUGCUGGGUGAUGUGUGCCUCUACUAUGAUGUUCAGCGCGGACUGGGCUGCUUCUAGAAUGUGGCUCUUUCUGUGUUGUAUGAGGGAAUCCAUGUUUGGUUUUCAUGCAUUAAAAACUUGUUUACAGAA